AUGUCGUCCCGCUUUUCACAGGCGAUGUUGGACCAGAUCAAGGCCUUCUCGGUGCUUCCUCAGACCUCAGUCUCGCUAAAACAAAUGGUUCUUUUUGGUCGGCAACCAUCCCAAAUCACUCUUUUGCACGGCACUCAGUUUGUUCACCAUGAGCUGCCUGUCCGUCUAGCACAUCGGGUAGUUGAGCUCGAAUCACUUCCAUAUGAACUGUCAAAAAUGUCGAGUAUAAGCACAGUCAAGGAUUGGUACACACAAAGUUUUCAGGACUUGAUCGAGUUUCCGACUCCGAAGCAGUUUGGCUUGUCUGAUAAGCAUUUCUUGCCAAGCCUUGAUAAUCGUGCCAAUCCAGAGUUUCGAUAUUUUACUCCAGAUGGUGCUGAUUCACCCCAGGAAGUCAAGGCAUACAACUUGAAGUUUUCAGAGUGUAUUGAAAAGAUCAAACGGAGACAUGAUCCUACUACAACUACUGUUGCUCAAGGAAUCAUAGAACUCAAGGAACAUUGGAAGCGUACAAACUCGCCAUUGUUAUAUACGAACGCUACCAAAGAACCUGUUGGUAUUACUCCUUGUCAGCUACCCCUUCCCACUGCCAUCCAGUCUUUUCUCGAUAAUUUUUACAUGUCUCGCAUUGGUAUACGCAUGUUAAUUGGCCAGCACACAAGCAUGACCAAGGCAGUUUGUAAUAACACCACACAAGAGGACUAUGUAGGCAUUAUUUGUACAAAAACGAAUGUAGGAGAAAUAGCUUCUGAUGCCAUUCGUGAUGCCCGUACCAUUUGCCAAGACUACUAUGGUCUAUACGAUUGUCCACAGAUCAAGCUCAUGGGCUGUACAGAUAUUGAUUUCAUGUAUGUUCCUAGUCAUCUCCACCACAUGCUUUUUGAGCUUAUUAAGAACUCGCUACGUGCCAUUGUUGAGCGAUAUGGCGUGGAUUGUGAAACUUAUCCCGAGAUCCGGUUGGUUGUUGCGGAAGGCAAGGAGGACAUUACCAUCAAAAUCAGUGAUGAGGGAGGUGGUAUUGCACGUAGUGGGAUGCCCUUGAUAUGGACCUACCUGUAUACUACUGCAGAAAAACCACUACUUGAAGAGGGAUACAACCAGGGCGAUUUUAGAGCACCUCUUGCAGGAUUUGGAUAUGGACUUCCACUUAGUCGACUAUAUGCUCGGUAUUUUGGUGGGGAUUUGCGGUUAAUAUCAAUGGAAGGAUAUGGCACAGAUGCAUAUUUGCAUCUAUCUCGCCUAUCUGACUCGUGUGAACCAUUACCAUGACAGAAACCAAGUGAAAUAAAGUAAUGUUUUAAAUCUGCGC